AUGUGUAGAGACCAGUGGAUGUUCUUAUUUGAAACGGUGCACGGACUUUUUCUAUCGGGUUCUGUGAUGUUUUCAUUAACUUUUUUGUGGGGAUUGAUUUCUGGGGUCUUUCUUAGUCCAACAACAGAGCGAUCGAGAAAGCUGGACCCUAUAUUGAGGCUUCACUUCAAUCGGACAACCAAAGAAACAGCAUACACGUUAGUCGAAUAUUGGGACAUCGAAACCGGAGCUUUCGUUCCGUCGACCUGGAUUGCUCUGGCGCUCAUCGCUGCAAUAACGGCAACAUGUUUUGGCUGUAUUUUCUAUUGUGGCUAUUACACUUAUGCAAUGAUGACUUCCCAUCAAUUGCAUCUGAGUCGUCAAUUGAAACUCUUGCAAAAGCAGCUCUUUCGUAGUCUGAUUGUUUUGACCAUGCUAAAAAGGCUGACAAACACUCUCAUGGAAAAUCGAGUGAAUCAAAAAGCAAGGAAAGCCACUCUCACUCGAGCGAAUCCCAUGAGAAAACAAAGAAACCAA